GUUUGGGCUCAGAGCAACUACUACUCUUUUUUGUUUAUUUAUCUUGUCUCUGGUGUUUGUUCCGAAGCCCUAAACUUCAAUGGUCCAUACAAAGCUUCCAAAACAAAGAGGAAGGAAAGUGCCAAAGUGCCAAAGUGCCAUUUCUCGUAAUUUUCUCUGCGUCCAGUUCGAUUUCGGUUUCCUCCUCCAUAGGCCUUGGCUGCCAUGGGCAAUCUGGCGGGAGUCCAUGAUCUGCUGGAAUUACCAGCUGGAGUGAAGUUUGAUCCGACCGACGAAGAACUUCUGGAACAUUUAAAGGCGAAAGUAACCGGGAAGGAUCAUCGUUUAAUUCAUAACUUUAUUCCAACACUGGAGGAGGAGAAUGGAAUUUGCUACACUCAUCCAGAGGGGCUACCAGGAGUAAGCAAAGAUGGCCAAAUUCGACACUUUUUCCACCAACCUUCAAGGGCAUACUCGACAGGAACAAGAAAGAGAAGUAGGAUACACACAGAUGAUGAUGGAAGGGAAGCUAGGUGGCACAUAACAGGCAACAUUCAACCUGUGGUAAUAGGAGGCACUGUGAAGGGAUUCAAGAAAAUCCUCUUAUUUGACGCCCACUACGAGUGCCACCAAUAUCAUCUAGGCAAUAAUGAAGAGAAGGAAGGUGAGUUGGUGGUCUCAAAAGUGUUCUACAUGACUCAACCUCAUCACUAUGGCUCUGGUGUUAGAGAUUCAAUUGGGAGAAAGAUGGGAGCGUCUUUUCUCAAGGAUUGUUGGAAUGGUAUAAAAGGAUCACUAUCCAUAGCUUCUAACGCCCUUGCUAAAGUUAAAAACCUUUUUAAUGAAUCUGCCUUACAAGCUUCAGAACAGGAACAGCCACACGAACAUGAUGAUGCUAAUAGCAACAGAAGAUCUGGUUUCUACAGCUUUAUUGAUGAUGAGUCUAUUCCUAAAAGAAGAAAGCCUAGUCAGUCAAAGUCUGAUGAUAGGAAUGGUUCUUUGUUGAGCACACCGGAUCACUCUCACCCUCCAAACCAAACUGCAACAGGUGAGACAACAAAGGGACAAAGGAUGCAGGCUCAGAUCCCUAUUAAUUCAGCUGCUCAAAAUCUGAUUAAACCUGGGAGUAAUCAUACCAUUGUUGAACUUCAUAGAUGGGAUUCUGGUUCAGUGUCAAGGUCGGAUAUGGUUCCUGCAAGCUCUGCACCAUCAGCUGAAGCUCAACCCUGGGGAAGUUCUUCACAUACUUCCCUUUCUAAGCCUGCUCAACCUGUUGCAUUUGGUCGCAUGAAUAGUGCUUCAUCCACUGGCCACAAUUCAUCUUUAGGCUCUAGGAAUCGAGCUGGGAGUUUGCCUCAAAUUGGUUUGCUUGCAUCUGCUCCUUGUAGGCCGAAAGUUCAGCAACCUUUUGGCAGUGAUUUUAGAAAUAACCAAAAUGCUGCUCUAAGACCGGCGGCCCAGGAUCAGAAUCCUUAUUGGGGGCAAGUAGCAGGAAACCCAAAAAUAGAAGUAGGGGGACAGCCAGGGAACCAAAAUGCUACUCCAAGGCCAGUGGACCAGAAUCAGGAACCUAAUUGCCCAAGAGUGGGAAUCGGCAGUUGUUCCGUGACUCCAAGUGUUAUCGUUCAUUCUGCUGGCUCGAGUACAAUAAAUAUUAAUAAUGGAAAUACUUAUAAUUUCUCACCUCAGUCAAUUGCAUACCAUGAAAGUAGAAAUCACAAUCCUAUCUAGGAUCUGAAGGGUGAGCCAGUACUGUAGGUAGUAUUUCUUUAUUUUUUUAUACUGUUUUCUACAUAUGAUUUAUGCAUGCAUAAAUUAGAUAGAAAAAG